UUCUACGUUUGUCCGCGUUCUAUGGUCGUGGGUUGUUACGGUUUUCUGAAUGCGGGAUCUCACAAUGAGUUUCCAAUUAACGAGUAUUUCCAAUUGAUCCAACGUCCAAAGUCUGUCAGAGACAGGCAGGUCAUAUGACUUAGCGACGUGUGUUCACACCACAACUACGUUUCGGCUCGCUCGUUCGAGCUACUAUGCAAACAUCUUGGUACUCCGCAGCAUCAGUACGAGCCUGAAACUCGAUUACCUCCGAGAUGGGUAACAGAUCGAGUCUUCUUUUGCGCGAAGAAGAGAUAGCCCAGAUUCAGGACGCUACUGGUUUUACACCGAAUCAGAUAGAACGACUAUAUAGCCGCUUCACGAGUCUGGAUCGCGGAGACUGUGGGACACUCAGUCGAGAGGAUUUUCUGAGAAUCCCGGAAUUGGCGAUAAAUCCUCUCGGUGAGAGGAUAGUAAAUGCCUUCUUCGAGGAAAGCGGGAACGAUCGAGUCAAUUUCUUGCAGUUCAUGCAAGUCCUGGCUCACUUCAGACCCAUCAAGAAGAAUAGCCCCAACCGCUUGAACUCGAGGCAACAAAAACUAAAGUUUGCAUUUAAAAUGUAUGACUUGGAUAAUGACGACCUAAUAUCAAAAGAUGAAUUGCUCGCUAUUUUACAUAUGAUGGUUGGCGCCAACAUUAGUGAAGAACAAUUAACUAGCAUAGCAGAACGGACUAUAGUUGAGGCUGAUGAGAAUGGUGAUGGCAUGAUAUCAUUUGAGGAAUUUUGUAAAGCUCUGGAGCGCACUGAUGUGGAGCAGAAGAUGUCCAUAAGGUUCCUCAGUUAAAUUAUAUACAUAUAUAUAUAAUUAUUGCUUUAUGUGUUGAGUUGUUGAACAAAACUUAAGAAAACAUAACAGUUGUCCUGUCAAUUUU